AUGCAUAUAUCAUCAAAUCGUCGUGAUCGUGCGUUCUAUGCUGCAUUUUAUAGUCGAAAUAUAAAUGAAAUUCAAAUUAUCGAUUCUAAUGUGACAAAAAAUACUGAUGAUUCGUCGCAUGAGCUGUUACAUUUAGAUACUAUUACUAGUAAUCAAAAAACAUUCUUAAACUCUGUAAAAAAGACGAACGGUAGCUCUCAUAAUGGUGGUGUCAUUUGUAUUCGUACAAAAAAACGUUAUUCAUCUCAAAGUCCUACACUCACCUCCGAAUUUUCAACAUCAUCGUGUUCGUCAUGCACUUCGUCAACAUCAUCACGACGUUUACAACCAGCACCAUCGAUUCAAGAGCGAUUAAAUGCAUUCGAAUUGUUUGUAAAACAACAACAACAACCGAAUACAAAAACAUCAUCUCAACUUGAUAAAAUGGAUAUAGAUGUAGAUGACUUUAGUUAUCUGAAAAAAUCACGAUCAAUAUCAUCAACAUCGUUACUAUCAAAGUCAGAAACAGUUCAGUCUAACGACAAUAGUAACAGUAAACGUGCUAUGCUGAACGAACUGUACAAUUCAAAUAUUCGACGAAAUAGUGAUAGUAAAAUUAUACAAGAAAGCUUUUCAUUUCGUAUUGAUACUAUACCAACAGACACUGAAAUCAGAAAAAAUGAAGACAAUAAUCAAAAAGUCUCAUCAACAUUAGAAACAUGUUCAACCACCAAGACUGAACAAUCAGACGAUAAAACUAUCCCAUCAGUUGACGAAGAACAUAGCUCGAUUCUGAACUAUUCAAAACGUUAUUUAUCUAAAAGUGCAAAUGUCCUUUACAAUCAACAACAAUCAUUAGAAUUAGUUGAUGAUAUGAUGGGAGUUAUUCAAGAAGAAUUGUGUGAAAUUCGUCAACAAGAUCGUGAUUUAAAAAAAAUGUUUUUAACAAUUUAUGGUAAAAUUCAAGAAUUACAAUAUCAUAAAACAAUAAAAACUCAAGAUUGCAAUCGAUUAAAUAAGCAGUUUACAUUCAGCAGUGGAGAUUUACGUCGAUUGAAUAGUAAUAAAAAAUGUCGAAAACUGACAACAACAAAUUCAAUGAUAUGUGAGACGCAUCACAAAACAAAUGAUGAUGAUAAUAGCUACACCGAAACUGAAACGUUUAGUUCGGAUGUAGAUGAGGACUCUGGUGGUUAA